AUGAUCAACCUAGUACUAACCCUACUGGUCGCCUGUGCAUCAUUCACCCUGGCACUUCAUCAAAUCCACUUCGAUACCACCAACGAAGACGCAUCCAACCUUAAUCUCGAUUGGGGUCGCGGAUACUUAAAAGGUCAUACCCAAGCGAAGCAGUCGUAUGUCCAAGACUGGUCAGGAGAAAGGCAAACCGAUGAUGAUAAGGAACUAUUGAAUGUAGUGCCCUUACCGGGAGCCCCAGCUGCGGCUGAUGAGGAACAAGUUGCAAAUAGUUUAGAUUCGGUUGCGAAGUUAGCAACCGACAAAACACCAACGUUCUUGAAUGUUAAACUCAGUUUGUCUUUGUGGGAUAACGUUGAUAGGAUGUUCACAGCUAUGCUUCAAAGAGCUAGACAAAGCCCGAGGCUUACCCUAAAGGAUCGUGGUACGCAUUCAGUUGCUGUGAUGUCAACCAUUGUCAAUCUGGCAAACAAUCUAUUGGAGAGAUGCUCGUAA